AAGUAAAACUUUUUUUUUCCUGCAAUGUGUUAUUUUUAAUGUUUUUUAAGGUCACAAAACAGAGCUUAUCCUGGGGGGUUUCAGGAGAUAUGAUGCACAGAACGAAGGGAAUGUGUGGAAGUUUGCAGGUGUGUGAGGCGGGAGAGCUCGUACUGGAUCCUGAGAGAUCAGGGAUUUGAGGAUGGUCGUAUUUGCAGGAUCUAGUCUGUAGUUUGGCUUUGUAUAGCUUAAAUAGCACCUUUGAUUAGAUGAAUAAGCCUUACAUUGUUUGCAAACCUUAUGCUCAUGGUUUUUACAAUCAUUAAAUCAAUCACUGUCAUUCUGCUGAUAAUGCAUGUUUUGGACACAUAAUUACAGUAAACUGCAGUCUAACAUCAAAUAAGUUUUAGUUUCGGAGUGAAUCCUACCACUGUAAAAGAUUCGGCUCAUUACGUAUAUAGCAUGACAUUUGCACAAUAUUUAAAUAUUGACCUGAGAGCCAUAAAGUUGCAUCACACCUGGAGAAGAAGGCGGAGUCGCACUCCUCGGUUCUCUUUGCUUAGGGACGGACGGAAUAAUCUUCCAGCCACAGCGAGACAGAAAAGAUCUGAUCCACAAUGCCAGCCCCUGGAGUGUGUUUAAACAUUUUGUUGGAGCGUAAUCUGAAAGAUGGACAGGGAUCUCCAGGUAAUCCGGAACGGUUCCUGGAUCAGGACUUCCAGCAGCUCAAGCAGUUCUGCCUGAAGGAAAGACUGAGGUUUAGAGACAACCUGUUCCCCCCAGAGAUGAAGUCCAUCGGUUUUGGUCCUCUUGAGCGUGAAGAGCUCUGGAAAGUAGUGUGGAAAAGACCACAUGAACUGGUGCCGAACCCCCUUUACAUUGUUCAAGGAACUUCAAGGUUUGACUUCCUUCAGGGCAGAUUGGGUAACUGCUGGUUUCUGGCAUCGGUUGGAGCUCUUACAUCUCAAAAACGAAUUAUGAAGCAGGUUAUCCAGGAUGAACAAAAUUUUUCUGUGGAUUAUGCAGGAAUAUUUCAUUUUAAGUUCUGGAGAUUCGGAUCAUGGGUGGAUGUGGUUAUCGAUGACAAACUACCAACUAUUGACGGCCGACUCAUCUUUGUUCAGUCUAAAACAGCAAAUGAAUUCUGGCCGGCUUUGUUGGAGAAAGCUUAUGCUAAAGUGUGCGGCUCUUAUGCGGAUAUGGACGCAGGAAACAUAUCAGAAGCUUUCAUGGACUUCACCGGUGGACCUCAUGUGACCAUUAAACUGAGCGAAGCAUCAGACAAGCUGUGGGACACCAUGAGACGAGCCAGCCAAUCAGAAUCCCUGAUGGGAUGUGGCACUCCUGGAGGGCAAGCAGGUCUGCUGCAAAAUAAUGUGUUACCCAAUGGCCUUGUGGAAAUGCAUGCGUACACGGUCACAGGAGUGGCAGAGGUUGUAUAUCGAGGUCGUCCAGUGAAGCUGGUGAGGGUCUUUAACCCUUGGGGUCAGGGAGAGUGGAACAGAGACUGGAGCGACAGAUCGCCUUUGUGGGAAUCUGUACGUCCCGAGGACCAAAAACACAAAGUUGUGCUUGACAAUGGAGAAUUCUGGAUGUCAAUGGAGGAUUUCUGCAGGAAUUAUUCAGAUGUGGACAUUUGUUGUUCGGACGUGAACGUUCUUGCUGGAUCUCAUUCUUCAUCCUGGAAAACUGAAGUGCACAAAGGCCAGUGGGUGACUGGAACAACAGCUGGUGGCUGUCCAAAUGACCUUGAGAGUUUUUCAAAGAAUCCCCAGUUUCGUGUGACUCUUAAGGAGAUCGUUGAAAACCCUGGAGAUGAACACUCUCCAAAUCUCCUCGUGUCUCUCAUUCAAAAAUCUCACAAGAGAAACAGGCACCUGGCAACCAAUUUCCAUAUUGGCUUUAACAUUUAUGAGGUGCCAGCUCAUUUAAAGGACCAAAGGGAAAAAUUCCCUGCCUCAUUCUUCAGAAACGCCCGUCUUGUUGGAAAAAACAAAGCCUUCAUCAAUGCUCGGGAAAUCAUGGAGUUUUUCCGAUUCAAAGCGGGCGACUACCUCAUCGUUCCUUCAACUUACCAGCCAAAUGAAGCUUCAUCUUUCCUUCUGACAGUCUAUUCAAAGACAGAAGCCGUCAUUGAAGACAGUUCUGGAUAUGGCAUAACAAGAAGAAAGAUGAUUCCCAGGGAUAGUGACGAUUCUUUCCAGCUCUUUCUACAAUAUGCAGAUAAGUACGGAGAAGUGGAUGCUGAGCGGCUUCAGAAACUUCUGAAUGAGAAUCUUUAUGCAGGACAUUCACAGAAAACUACAGGAUUCAGCUUGGAUUUGUGUAAGAGCAUGGUGGCGCUGAUGGAUCUCAGUGUCACUGGAAAUCUCAGUGAAUUUGAAUGUCUCCGUUUGUGGAAACGAGCCGUUUUUAUAAAGGAUAUUUUCUAUGGCAUGGAUGUUUCACACACUGGAAGUCUGUCUCUGAGUGAACUCAGAAAUGCUCUUAAGGCUUCAGGGUUUGUAUUGAGUGACAGUAUGCUGAAUCUCAUGGCUUUCCGAUACGGUAACGCUGGUGGUGAAAUUACACUAGAAAACUUUGUUGUGCUCGUCCUGCGCAUGGAUUGCAUGGCCAAAACAUUCAAGAAACUCGCUGCUGGCAGGCCAAACAUGAUGCUGGGAGAAAAUGAAUGGAUGCAUCUCACCAUGUACUCAUGAGCCAGAGAACGAGAAAAGGAUCCUGGACAGACUUCUGUGACAUCAUUUAUAACAUACUGUAAAGCAAUAAAAUACAGACAUCUGCUUUAUUUCAUAUUUGGCACAUUUGCAAAAUGGAGGCUUAACAAGUGUAAUUUAUUUGAUUGUGCAUAGGGUGAUUGAUUGGAUUGUGCAUUUUAUUAAAUACUGAAUUAAUUGUGUGGGGAGUUGUUUAACGUUUUCAUUCAGAUAACAUUAAUCUACUGUAGUUUUGCUUCAAUUGCACCAUUGACAAGAUGAACGAACAACCCUUACACUGAUUGCAAACCGGAAGAUCUGUUUGCUUAAUCAUGCUACAUACUUUUUCAAACAAUAAAUUAUGCCUCACAAUUCA